ACUAGCUAUUCACAUUUUCUCGGCGGGAAGGCCGGAACCUGUGCUGUUUCGAUGACCCUAAUACAGCAGGAUAGGACAAUGAUUGGCGCCGGCGGCACCAUAGUAAGCAGCGGUGCCAGCGAAGUUGCCAGCUAAAACAGAGAAACCGGGGCAAUCUUCUCCCAAGCCAUAAUCCUCAUUGCUUGAUCCUUAAAACCUUCUAAACGAGCUACCGCAGAUCCACCACGACAAAUAUGCCUGAACUCUUCCACCCUUUCUUCAGAGGAGCCUCAACAGCAACCAACUCGACGUGCCCAUCCUUCGUGACUGGCGAAACUGUAUGCCUUCCCCCAACCAAAAUUCCUUUCUACUUCUCCCUCCGCCAAAACCUAUUUGACGGCAUUCCCGACAUUUACGUCGCACUCGCUGCACCGGUACUCGCAUAUUGGUUCACCUCUCUCAUAUUCCACUGUCUUGACAUCUCUCGCUGGAAAUGGCUCGAUAAAUACCGCAUUCACGAGUCUGAAGAGGUCAAGUCUAGGAAUUUGGCGACGCCUCGGGAGGUCGUGUGGGCCGUCAUAAUCCAGCAAAUAACGCAAACUAUGUUGGGUUUAGUAUGGCUGACGGAGUCCCCUGAGAUUUCGGUUGCGCGGUGUCAAAGCGAGAUGAAGGACUUGGGAAGAACGUUAGUCUCCGUCGUGAUACGUCUCUUGGGUGAGGAGACAGGGGUGAAAUUCUUGGAGCUGCGGGGGCCUGAGAUGACCCAUUGGCUGUACUGGUGGGGAAUUCCAGCAGCGCAGAUUUUAUUCGCGAUGUUCAUCGUCGACACCUGGCAAUAUUUGCUUCACCGCUUGAUGCACACGAAUAAGUAUCUCUACAAGAAGAUCCACUCCGUGCACCAUAAACUCCACGUCCCAUAUGCGUUCGGGGCAUUAUACAACCAUCCUGUCGAGGGCUUCUUGCUGGACAGCCUAGGUUCAGGCGUUGCAGAGUGCCUCGCACGUCUUUCCGUUCGACAGUCCAUUUUCCUCUUCGCGUUUAGUACAUGCAAGACUGUCGACGAUCACUGCGGUUAUAACUUCCCCUUCGACCCCUUCCAGAUGAUGAGCGGAAAUAAUGCAGACUACCAUGACAUACAUCAUCAGACCAUCGGGAUCAAGUCCAAUUUCUCGCAGCCUUUCUUCGUCCAUUGGGACGCCCUCCUUGGCACGCGCAUGACCAGAAAAGACAUUCAACAACGUAGACAGAAGGUCAAGACGACUUGAUUUAUUAAUCCCGGUUCAUUGCAUAGAGAUUUGGUGCCUGCAUUUCUCGUUUUCUCACUGUUUAUCGACGGAACCGCACAAUUCAGCCACGCAACCAAGUGUAUUUCAUCGUUCGUCACGCUUUUUCUGUAUAAUCCUACUUUACGAGAGCUACGAUAAUGUGAAUGAUAGUGAUCUCACUUCCUUCUCCCCCUCCCCCCUCGCGCAGUGAUAAGUAUUGGCCCCUGUUCGCAUAUGAACGUCCCCCCACUAACAACAGAAUCGGGC